AUCUCUGGGAAGAUUCAAAAGUGUGUCAAAAGGAUGGAAAUCGACACUGGAAUCAAAGAGGUUCGUGGAGAGGCACCUGAAUUUUCAAAAAUCAACCCCGAAAAUCCUGACCGCUUACAACUGCGACUGCGGCGUCUCGCCCAGUCUCCUCCGCGAAUCUCGACUAGAAGAGGGCGAAGAGUUAUUCUCUUUGCACUGCGACGCGACAAGACCGUCGAUGAGUUGCGACGGUUUGGUCUGCACCCCCGAAGAAGAGUGUGUAAACGUUUUGAACCCCUCGACGGGACAACUCCAGCGGUUUCAUUCCCCUCCCCUCGUGAGCCGCCGCACUAACUCCACGUUUACGAACGGUACGUAAUCUUCUAUUAUGUCAUGUUCAAAAGCAUAACUGGUCUUGAGAUUUAUGUAUAUCGAAACAAUUACUGUAUAUGAAUAUUGUUUAGGGCAUCAUGAUUUUAUACGAUAAUUUUAGUUGUACGUAACUUUUUACAAAAGUUUAUAAGACAAAAUUUUAUUUGAGCUUAUGGCAUUAUGAAAAUUUUAUCUCAGACAGGCACAAUGUUUUAAAUAGUUUGAAAGAGUAGAUGAUCUAUAUAUGUAACACUUAAAAUUUGGAAGUCAACGCGAAUGUUUCAUCUGGAGUUCUAGAGUUUAAAUUUUAUAUACAUUUUUAUCUACUUGAUGGUUACAUUAUAAUUUAAAAUUUCAGGAACAUGGACGACUUAUUUCCCCGGGUAUUAUGCGAUGGGAUUCGGUAGAGAAAAGAUCAAAGGUCACUACAAAGUAGUGAGGAUAUCCGGUGAUCCUAACUAUAGCGACACUCUUGAUGUCAGCACUGGUGAAUGGCGUACACUUUGGAAACCACGUCGUUACAAGGUUGAUGUCGGACGUAAAUCAGCUUGUGUCAAAGGAACAAUCUACUGGUUACGAAUUAAGAGUCAUGGUGUCAAGGAUUCAGUAUACUCGAUACUAGCCUUGGAUCUCCACACGGAAAAGUUCCAUUACGUUCAAUGUCCUCCUCUUCCCAAGGGCAUCAUGCUUGAAGCACAGAUUGACAACGUUGGUGAUCGUCUAGUCAUAACCAUGCCGGAAAGGAACUUUUUUGGUGGAUUGGAGCUAGGGAUAUGGACUAUGGAUGUUGGUCAAGAAGAAACAUGGAGCAAGACUCACUCCAUAAGUUUAUUAGGUAUCAAGCCAGACGUGGUGUCUAGGUCAUUUACGCCCUUGAGUGUAUCUAACCAAGGGAAUGUUGUCUUCUAUGACGACAAGAUCGAAGAGGUUGUUCAAGUAUUAUCAAGACACAGACCAACUCCGUCCCUUCUCUUCAGACAUUUGUGCUAUAUGUCCUUACCUUGAGAGUUUGGUCCCACUUCAGCCUCAACAAGCCAAGUUCAGCACUAGAGUCACAUGCAUCCGCAUCCGCAUCCGCAUCCGCAGACCAACGGUAUUUUGAAAAAAAACUUAUAUUUUGAAACAAGAAAAUAUCUUUAACCACGGGGUGGUGGGCUAGUGGUCUUGAGGCAGUUUCCCCGCCAAUACGGACCCGGCUUCGAAACCCCUGUGGCCACUCGGGCCCUCUCUGCUAAUUCCUGGGGUGGAAAUUACGUGGCUGCUGCGGGUCUCGUGGGAUUAGUCGGUUGACCUCGGUCGCCGGAUCCCUACGGUUAAAAAAAAUAUAUAUAUAUAUAUCUUUAAAACAACUUAUAUAUUAUGAAAAUAUGUUUUAGAGCUUGUCAAGUGCAUCUCUUAGUUAUUUAAAAUAUUUUAUUCGUCUUACUGUUUUAUGAUUCGUAGGAUGAGAUUCAAUCAAGAAGAGCUGGCAAGUUUCUCCGUAAGGGAAUAUGUGAGAGAAUCCUUCAUAUGUUUUUAACUACAUCAUGAACAUUUACGUAUGGCUUUUGAUCAUGCGGUUUGUUAUUUAUAUGAAACAUAACAGAUGUAGGCGCUGCGUUAUGGAAGAACAAGUGGAUUGCUAUGUAUUUGAUCAUGUGUUGCUUCGGCACUCGUGGUGCUGUGUUUCGUGCAGCUAUGCUACUACUUGUCUGUUUGAUAUCUCGCUCUGGUUAUUUACUAUACAUCAUCGUGUUUAUAGUUCUGUUGAGGAUCUAUGCUAUCGUUAUGUGUGGGGUAACUUCUUUUCUCUCAACAAUCUUGUGAGUUCUUUAAUUUCACUGUCCUCUGCUUUGUAACUUUGAUACUCCAUAUCAUAUGGUAUCUCCUUCUUUUGCAGGUUAUAAUGUGUUCUCUUCUUAUAUUGAACAGAAGCGAUGCAUUACUAUAUGCUAUUCGGUGCCUUUCUAAGUUGAUAGAGUUCGAUUUUGCUUAAAAACUAACAGUGUUUGUUGGAAAGUUACAUUUCAUUUUGUUAAUUUUCUCUUGUUUAUUAUUUAUAGAUCUUACUUUCUGUGAAAUAUUUUUGUUCUUAUCUCAUAACAUUUGGUUUCCUAUCCAUGGACGUUCUCUCUUUAAAAAAAUAAAAAUAAAGAACCUUCUUGACGAAACGUCAGUUCUUUUUUUUUUUUGAAACUCAUUAAACCUCUCUAUUAAAAAACGUCAGUUAUUUAUGCUCCAGUUUAUUAAACCUC